AUGCCUAAGCUGGCAAAAGUCCUUUGGAACUGUAUCCCAGGGGAAAUUCUGGCCCACAUAUUUUCCUUCUUGCCUGCCAGAGACAGAUACAACGUUGUGCAUGUGUGUGAGCGCUGGGCCUCAGAAAUGCAUUCCAGUUCUGUUUGGGAUUUUACAGAAAUUGGUUUUGACACAGAGGAUGAGGACGACGAGUGCCUGUUGCAGUGGUUACAGCCGUUCCUAGGCCUCAUCAGACACCUGCAGUUGGUGGUUGAGCAGUCCCUGGACCUGAACCGGAAACAAGCCACAGGCAUCUUGGACACAUUGGCCUGUCGGAGCUGCAGGUUGCAGGGGCUCUGUAUUGUAUGCCUGGGAAUAAGCCCCUAUUUCUAUUCCGGCCAAGAUGUCCUGCAUAGCAUCCGGAGUAUCUGCCAGAGCAGGAAUGGGAUUGAUCUCCAGUAUAUUGACUUGCGGCAAAUGCCUUUCACUCUGGACAAUGGGACUGUUCAGAUGAUUGCAUCCAGCAGCCCAAACCUGCACACCUUGUUCAUCAACAACCAAGCACCUGGUCCAAUGAUUCUCAAGCCAGACACCAUCUCUGAUGUUCUGAGGACCUGCCCUAAGUUAUCUGCCUUGGGGGUCUGCUAUGCCAGCUUAUCUGAGAAGAUGUUUUGGGAACUGCUGAAACCGAACAGAGGGCCGUUCCGGUUUCUGGACCUUUUCUAUGAAGGCCUGGACGUCAACAUUCCCAAAGAGCUUUGGGCUAUGGUGAGUGAGAAGCACCCACAGUUCCGCGUGAGGCUGGAGUUUGCUCCAACAGUCCCUAUAAGGAAGAUGCUUGUGGUACUGAAGCCAACCAUCCCCGUGGCCGCUUUGCAUUUUGACACACCUCUGCACAUGGCUGAUCAGGUUAAGUUCAUUGCCAGCACCUACAGCAGGACUUUGGAGAGGCUGGUCCUUUACAACGCCCCCUCUGCUGACCUCAACGCUUCACUAAUAGAACUGGCAGGAAAGUGUGUGCAUCUGAAAGAGGUUCACUGUUACUCUGCAGUUAGCGAAGCAGUGGUAGAAGCUUUUAUUUUACACUGCCCAGGUUUGAAAAAAUACACCCUGUCAGCACAGAAGUUCUCUUUUGAUAUUCCACCAGCAGUCGUUCCGUGAUUUGACCAAAAUGAGAGUUCAUGCACACUUGUGCCCUGAAAGAGCAGCAACAUUAUUUGGCAUAAACAGCAUAAAAGUAGUCGGUUGCUGUUU